GCGCGUCGUUGUGUUUCCCGUAAUGGGCAGAGCUAGUCCCUUCAAAUAACUGUGGGUUUUUAACUUCUACCGUUUACCGGUAACAGAAAACAAUCUCUCUAAGCAGAGGGAUAUGUCGUAUCCCCCAAGAUGAUCGAGUCCCACAUCGUUUAAUGUAAGAUUCUGGAUGUUAAGUUAUUUCCAAUGUAAUGGCCGCAGUCACAUCAGUAUGGUUUCUGUGCAUUCUGAUGGUUGACUGCACUUUUUUUAUUGAAGGUCUUCUUGUAACUCUUUCUCCCCCAAAAUGCUACAUUCCAUGUGAUGACAGCAGCUGUAGCGCAGAUAUAAUCUGUACAUGGGAUUCAAACCAUGACCCCAGUAUCAGUUUAAAUAACACCUACACUUUACACUGGGAAGACUAUAAAAACACGGUAACAGGUCACAGUGCAGUAAUCCAGCGUAAUUACUUUACUAGCCACAGCGAACUACGGGUUUGGAUUCAAACUCAGGACCAAGAUGGAACUGUGUUCAAUUCUAAAACAGUUUCCUUUAAUACAGCAGACAUCAUUAAGCCAUCUCCACCAGAGAUUAAAGAGGUAUUAAGUAGUCAAGAGCCCAUAGAAAUUCACUGGAGGUCUCCAUGUGACUGGUUGAUGCUUGAAGUAGGGCACUGUGAGGUCCGCCAUAGGACAGAGGCAGAGACGGCAUGGACUGAGCAAAAAGAAGGUGGAGUGUCUGGCAGCUAUACGCUCAACAAUCCAGAGCCCUGCACAAACUAUUCAUUUCAGGUCCGUUGUGCUUGUGGCACAAGCAUGAUGAGUGGCUGGAGUAAAGUCCAUGUAAUAAGGAGUGCAGAAAGAGCCCCUAUUGGAAAACUGGAUAUUUGGAGAGACUGUGACAUGUUACGUCCAAGCUCAAACUGUGUUCUUACAUGGAAGCGACUUCCCAUGUCUCAAGCCCGUGGACACAUUUUAGGAUAUAAUUUGACAUUAUAUUAUAAUAAUGGGACCAACUCAGUUUUGAAUAUGUCUGCUGCCGAGUCAGUAUGUAUGAUCUGUAAUGAGGUCCAAUGUUACCAUAACUCCUCACUAAAGGAUGUUAAAUUUGUCAGUUUUAAUGCAUACAAUGCACUUGGUAUGACAGCACCUUCUCAUCUGGCUGUACAAACCCCAGUAACAAUAACUGAUCAGAGAGCCAUUGAUCUGAAGAUGAACCGUAACAAUUUAUCUGUCUCCUGGAAUGCCACUUGGAUUACUGACAAUAUCAGUGAAUUUGUGGUGCAAUACAAAGAAGCUGGAUCCCCAUUGGGCAAAGGAUUGGAUUGGGUCAGAGUUAACACGAGUCUAACAAAAAUAACAGUCAAAGGGCAGUUCAAGAAUUACACAGCCUAUCAAGUGUCUGUGUUUACAGUAUCGGAUCAUAUGGUGCAGUUAUAUUGCACAGAUAUCAUACACUUUGUCCAAGGAAUACCUGCUAAAGUGCCUUUAUUUAAAGUGCUUACAUAUGGUACCACACAUGUGACAUUACUUUGGGAGACUGUUCUGAUGUCAGUGCAUAAUGGUGUCACUCCAUAUUAUCAAAUAGGAUAUGGCAAAGAUAACGUGUAUAACGUGAGCGCAUACCCACAAAUGGAAAAUAGAACUUUUACGCUGACAAAUCUCACUGAAGAUCAUAACUAUAAGGUGUGGAUAAAAGCUGUGAAUCAGGCUGGAUCUGGACCUAAUACUACUGUACUGUUUAAAACGCAGGACACUGAAAACAUAGGAACAUUCAUACAAUUAUUUUUUGUAUUAUUGGGAGCAGGGUUACUUCUAUGUUGUUCGUGGUUCUGCAGGAAAAAUAAAACAUGUCCCAUUGCCUUUUUGGAUAAGAAAAUACCAGAUCCCCACAAUAGCAAUAUCAUCAGGGAAAUGAAGUAUCAGAUAAAUGAUUCAUUGGCCUGGCUCUGCAUUCCUGCAACAGAACAACAUCCCAAAAUGUCAAUAAUUGAAAUAGUGAACAUCUCACAGGGUGCUUUCACCUCCAAAAUGGCUGAUCAGAUGAAUUGUGACAUUGGUGAUAAUAUAGUGGAAGAGGGCCGUCAAAAGACACAAUGCGGAUCUGGCAAAGAGGAGUACAGUAAAAUGAUUGACUCAGAUGAAGACAAAAAUGAGGAGGAAGAGGAUAAUGAUACUUGCUCAUCAAGCUCAGGGGGAGACCAUGCAGGCUAUGAACAGCACUUCAUGCCAACAGAACUAGACAUAAAGGCGGUGGAGGAGCGUGAAAGGACAGAGAGGUCAUGGGACGAAAUGAUGUGACAAAAUGGCUAUGCAGAGUGCUCUACUGUUUACUAAAAAGUUUGGCUUUGUAAUCACAAUAAUGAAGACUAGGAGCAUGUAUGUGUGAGAGUGUGUGUGUGAGAGUGUGAGAGACCUAACUGCUGGUUGGGUACAUUUCUAUUGUUGGAGUAUAGCCGUGUUUUGGAGAACUAUUUUUAUACUGUUCUUUUCUUUAACACUUGUUUUUAAAGUGUAUGUUUUCCAUUUUAAUGUUGUCUUUCUUGUAGUUUCUUUCAAUCUUUUAGACAAUGUUACAUCUUGCAUAACACCUUUAAACUUAAAUAACAGCUUAGACCAGGGGUGUCAAACACAUUUUCAUUGAGGGCCACAUCAGCAAAAUAGCUGCUCUCAAAGGGCCAGAUGUAAAAUAAAUUAAACAAAUUUUAUAACUUGUU